AUGUACCCUUACUUUACCGCCCACAAUACGUUACGGUACGCGAAUGUGUUGAUCCAUACGUACAAUCACGCCCAUCAUCGGAGUAUUGGGAUGGCCCAAGUCACCCCCAACACCGUGCCCGAGGUCUGGGACAGACUCUUCGGCCAGCGCUUGGACCCAAAGACCCCACCCCCCAAAUGCCAAGUGGGCGAUCGUGUAUGCCUCAACAAGAAACAUCGUCCCUUCAAAAAAGGCUAUUUACCAGGACGGACGGAAGAAGUGUUUGUGGUCACGCAUAUCCGUCGUCAUCCUGUGGUCACCUAUCGACUCAGUGAAUGGGACGGCACACCUAUAAAAGGCACGUUUUACGAACCCGAUGUACAAAAAGUGCAAGUGUCGGACGACUCGUUAUUUCGG